GGCCAGCAUACUUCAGCAAAAUAAGGAUCUUUUGGGGAGGUCAAACAGCUUCUACAAUUCAGAAGAUAAAGAAGCGAAGUAAACCUGUUACGUGUCUUCAUUUGGACUUUCUCAGAUGGAACUCUAACACAUUGUGGGUUGUGUGAAGAGCAGACAACAUGGUUUGGUGUGCAGAGGCUCCAGAAGAGUGCUAUGCUUAAUGUUUUGCAUAAAAAUUUGUAUAAGUCUUAUCUCAUAACUGACUUACGAGUCACUGAGUGGAGCUUUACUUUAUGUCCAGAGUGAAUGAUGUGACACCUCUCUGCAAUUAAUAUAUUCACAUUUUGCACACAAGUAUUUCUGAAGGUCCCAGAUCCCCUUUACAGCUGAAAUUAUUUUUUGAAGUGAAGAUAAGCUACUGCUGAAGACUUUGCCAUGUGAUAGCUGUUCUAGGUUUAGUGUUUGUGUCUCAUUAGAAUAACAUGGUUUUGUUUGUUCUGUAGCCAUUCCAGCCCACCCACAUCUUCGUGGUUUGGCCCUUCCUCUUGCUUGUCUGCAGGUGUGUUCCUUGCUGACCUCAUUCACUCAUCUAUUUGGAGUCAUAAAUACAUUUAACCUAAUGUUUGGCUAUAUUUCUGUUAUGAUAUCCUUGAAACAGAAAAAAAAAUUGCUUCUUACGAAGGAAGACUUUUCCUGCCUAAUAUUUGUCGAAAUAUGUAUUUUUUUUGUGUGUGUGCUGUUGCAGUAGACAAUUGUAAGGUUUCACUUCUAUUUUGAGCUUUGCCACAAGCUUGCAAGUGCCUACAUCAGGUCACCUCCCUAUGCUUCUCUCUUACUUCAAAAUGACCAUCCUUGCAAGUGCUACCUUUUUAAAUGUAUUUGAAGUGCUUAAGGGUUCUCUGAUGUUUACUUGAAAGAAAAUUAUAAUUAAUGCUGUACUGCUUUUUUUAGGUCUAAAGUGCUAGGUACUGUAGCUAAGAUUUUCUGUGGUUUAGAGUUGGCCUAAUUCUGUCAGGAAAGGGAGAUUUUAUUGUUCAUGUGAAUAAAACUAGAGUUAACAUAAACCGUUUUGGUUUGUUUUCUGGUAAUUCAAUUCCAGAGCUACAUAGAUUUAUUUCAAGGUAUUUUCAUAUGAGAGUUGGAUGCUCUACAGGGAGAACUAGAGCUUGCUUUCAUGCCAAAAUGGAAUUCAGCAUUAUUCUGUCUUACUUUCAUGAGUGAGCCUUUUAAUGGAUUUUGUAAAAAUACCAGUAGUGUUAAUUCAACCCACACAAGCUAGCAUUGAUAUCCUGUGCCACUGCCUACGCUUAUGUAGUCAUUUACACUUCUGUCAGGUGGAAAAUGCUGUACAGAAGGCCAGCUGCAUGCUACAGCUGGAAAAAGAAAAACCCAAUGCGAGGUUUGACUUAGUGUGAAAACAAACUGGAUAACACAUGAAUUGCAAGAGCAGACGUUUUUCCCUAGAGACCCUGUUUUCUUUUGAUCCUAACCUUCACACACUUUAGAUCUUAGGGUUGAAAUAGGCAGUGUCUCAAGCUGGAUUGCUUUUGCUCUUUUAAAAAAAUUCUUGGCUAAAGAUAAUUUUUUGUCCAGCAAUUCUCCAAGGUCAGGUAAGAGCAGAAAUGAAAGCAGGUGGAGAGGUAGAAGUCAAAACUCAUGCCUGAGAAAUAAGUGCAGAGUACAAUAGGGCAAAGGAUGAGGUUUUUGGGGAAAAUGAUGACAACGAAGAAAAGCAGAGAAGUAUGAGGAACUAGAGGAGAAUAUGAAUCUUAGCACAGAUUUUGGAGGCAAGGGCUGGAGUGUAUUAGUCAUGUAAGAAGAAAUUAAAAAAGAAAUUAAAAUAAAAGAAGUACAAAGGUAUGAGAUGUGGUUAUACACAGACUGUUUUCUUUCCAAAUCUGUGCGUCUGCUUUGUAGCUCUGGGUCUGACUGUGGCUUCAGCUGCCCACGAAUGGCUUGUGGAAGUCACUUCCAAAUUGUCUAGCUCAGUGCCUGUAGGUGUCUUCAUGAGUUCAAGUGAUGGAAUUCUGUUCUAGGAGUUCUAAAGAAAUAAAAUUUCUUGAUGGAGGAAAGCUGGGUGAUUAACUUUCUUCUACAGGAUAAGGUUUUUGUGUGGGUGCGUGUCUAUUUGAAUGGUGCAAUCUUUAAUGAGUCAUGGUCUGUUUCCCUUAGCCACUUAGCUUUAGGACAGUCUUCAGACAGUUCAGCAUCAUAUAGGUAAGAGCUAGUACAGGGUACUUUCCUCUUCAUAGAAGUUAAAAAUUAUAUAUGUGAAAUAGGCAGGAAACUCAUCAAAGAGAAGGAAUGGGCUCAUGGUUAGGAAAAUUGGCAACCAUGGAAUGGGAUUCUAUCUCUGCCUUUACCAAUAAAUUCCUAUUAAAGACAGCCAAAUGACUUUGACCAAAAUUUUCCAUUGGUCCCUAAGUAUUGUUUUUUGGAUUUUCUUCAGUGGGCCAGAUUGGCAGGCUGCUCUCCCAGCUGCAGUUUAAAGUCAUUGGUAGUGUGCUUUGGACAUAUAAAAAGCUGUACAAAUAGUAAGUAGUUAAGGAAAAUCAGUACUCUCAUUUCUUAGAUUGUGAACCCAAAAUCCAUGGAAAAUUUGCCAUUUUUGCCCAAUAUCAUAGAAACAUAGGAGGGAAAAAGCCAUUUCCCCUACAGUCAUUUUGCUUUCUGAAGUCAAUUACCAUAUGCGAAUCAUUUAAGUAGCUUGAGUGAAAGCUCUAACAUACACCAGAGGAAUUUAUGAAUUUUUCUUUUUAGCAUGGUGUUGAAGUGUCUUACUAAAUACUUAAUUAUUCUUUUAUUAUAGGAAGUAUGAGUCCUACAGGGAAAAAAUAAGUUAUAAGGAAAUGAAAACCAUACUCUUAAUGGAGAGAAAUGAAUUGCCUAGAGAAACCUUCAGUUUAGGAAAUGCUGAAAUUAAGUGCCUCAUUUUGCUAUAUGGGGAGGGUGAUCGUUUUGGUUUGGGAAAGAAAAGAGGGGGGAGAAAAGGUGAAGGUUUUUAUUCGUUAAAAUAUAUUUAAAGAGUGAAUUUCCUGUGGUCUAGGGUAAUAAAAAUACUUGACAGGGAGAUUCUGCGUAUGUGGGGUUCCUGACCAAGAACAUCGCACAUAAAUUUGUUCCCAUUAAAAUCAAUAAAAUAUCUCAAGUUGCUUGCAGAAAUAUUUGUGGUCUGUAUUGCAACAAGUAUUCAGUAUCCACAGUUCAGAACUGAUCUGGGCCAAUGAAAUUGCAAAAUAUUUGUCAGCUUUGGCUGACAGCCUAAGGUUGCCACAGCAAUUUUUCUCUUUAAUGAGUAAAAUAGGUGGUGUUUAUAGAAAAAUAACCGUCUCAUGAGAAGCUGUGCAAAAGGUUCCAUUCAAAACCUUUCUGUUUAUAUAUAGUUUUGUUGUUUGUUUUCUUUUCUUUUUGCUUACUACCAUGGACAUUUGCAUGAAAACAGGAUAUUUCUCCUUCAAAUUGCAGUCAUGGACAGAAUAGUUACUAUGCCAAAAUGGAACCAACCCACUUCAAAAAAGUAAACUAUCUUGCUCACCAAAUCUGUUUCUUCUGUGUAUGUAAAGUUUUGAGCACUUAUUUUCCUACCUAAAUUUAGGGGCUGUUUUUUUGUGUUAGUUCUGUAAAACCAACAAAACAAUAUGGAUAUUAUAAAAUGAAAAUAUGUGAAAAGACUAAAUUAGUAAAAAAAAAAUGUAAAUAACAUUUAUGUUUUAGUGUUUACAGUGAUUGACAGGAGGGAUAAAAGUAUUUUUUUGACAAGUACUGAUGAUCUGGGGGGGGUUUACAUAGCUUAGAAACAAUGAUAAAUACUCAAGAGAGAGAAAUAGAAGAGCUGAGUUCUAUUUAACUGAUGGUGAUCGAUAGAAUUAAUUAAGGCAGGCUUUUCUUGAGAAUGUCUGUGCUCUUUCUGAUGGACAAAUUUGACUUUUCUAGUCUCAGGUUGAAUGUAAUAUUCUACCAGUUUGAGAAAUACACUUCUAUUGACAAGUGGCGUUUUUUUUUUCCUGGUCCAGCAAUGUUUGAUAAUGCCCUUAAGAUUUAUUUUAGGAGUCUGAGGCUGAAUGAGUGUACAUCAACACACACGUUCCUAUAUAUAUUUACAUCACUUAACAGCUUAGUCCCUGGCUUCAGGUGCAUCUGGGUGCACAGGGAAGUCUCCUGACUGGCCAGAUAGCUCCGUGUCAUGUAUUUCUCUGGCAGGGAAGAGUAGGAGAGUGGGUGUGGUGUGCUGCCAAAUCCUCAGGCCCUGUAGCCCUCAUCUAGCAAUAACGAAGGCAGGAGGGUGAAUCACUGACCCUUCCAGCUGGAGGCAGCUCCAGCCAGAGCCACCUCUGCCCACCAAGGGCUCACUUGCCCUGGGCUAGGAGAGCGCAGUGGCUUGUGGCACAGAGUGUGCUUUUCCUGUUCCUCCUCCUUUCAGUCCUGGGUGGUUCUCUGAAAACUGAUAACUACCUGUGCAAAAUCCACUGGAUGAAACCAUCAUCUUUUUGUACAACUGCAGGAUUUAUAAGUAAAUAUUCCCUCUCUGGUUAAUAAAUGGAACAGGGGGGUUUCAGAGCAGGUGAACGUAGUCCUCUGAUGGUAGAAAUUUGCAAAGAAAUUACAAGUGGGAAGACUCCUGUUUGUAAUACACAGAUAAGUUUUCUGAUGUCCUGAGUGCUGCUACUUCCCAAAGCUAUCUGCAAAUCUUUCAGUGUUUUUUUUCUCAUUUGAACAAAUAAACAUCGCACUGAUCCUUUGUAAUGUAACUAGCCUGUACUUGGCUCUGAGAGCCCAAUUAAUUAGUAAUCUCUUUACUGAGUUGGGGCCAUAUGAAUUCAUGAUUAGUGAAUAAAAAGUAUAAAAACUCUGUAAAAUACAUCUUGCAAGUCUCCCUGUAGACAUAAACAGCUUUUUUUUUGCCAAGCCACUUCACAGAGUCCAUUUGCUCAGACCAAACACCGUUUGAAUGUGGCUGAAGAGUAUCAGGACCCAAGCAGUGGAAAAAAAACAUCAAGGGCACUUCGGAGAAGUUUGUUGCAUUUAUCCUUAUUUUAUAGCUGCUCCGUGUGUAGUUUACACAUCACAACUCUUUGAGUUGCUUUUAGCUUGGGCAACUAAUAACGCAUGUUCACAUUGUCCUAUUUUUUCAUACUGUAAUACUUGAUGCAGGAUUGUGGCUUAAUGAAAUGUUUGCAAAGUAAUUCAGUGUAAGUGUGCCAGUUAGUUUCUUUCAGUGUUUGUUGGUGAUAUUCAGUUCCCACCUCAUUUGUUCCGUGCUGCUUUGGCAAACUGUUACAGAUUUUAGCAGCAGGCAGUUCAUGGUAAUUAUAUUGUAUAAUACACCAAGUAAAUAUAUGAUAAAUGAGCAAAUGUAAACCAAAGAAGAAACACAAUCCUGGGGAGUAACUGGGCCUGAAAUUAUCAUGGAUAAGCACAGCAGGUGAGUAUGAGGAAUAGAUCAACAGUUUCUUAGAGCCUGACUGCCACAAAUGUGUCAAUGGGUGGUGAGUCAGCAUGGGAAGAGUGCAGUAAUUUGCUGUUGAUUCAGAAGGCAGUUGGUCACUGCUACACUUCUGGGUGAUGUGAAGAGCAUUUGCCAGAAAUGCUGAUGAUUAACUUUUGAGAGCUCUGCAGAGCUGCUGCUUCUGCUGCUCCUCGACCCUUCUCUUGUGAUGCUGCAUUCCAGGGACAUUCCACUGGAAACAAUGGCAUGGCGCAGAGCUGCUGGAAAAGCCACCAGUCAGCAUCAUACCAGCAGCCAAAAAAUGUAAACGAUACCAGUCAUCUCUUUAGAAGCUGCAGUUUAAGAAUUCAUUUGCCUUUCUGAAUUCAACAAUGUUGCUUUUGCUUUGCCUGUGUCAGGUCAAUAUACAUAGCAGCUCAUGGAUGUUACGACUGUAGGAUUGUGCUAACUGACCCCUCUGGAGUUUUCACUUCUCCAUGCUUCCCCAGUGAUUAUCCCAACAGCCAAGCAUGCAAGUGGAUCAUCCGAGCACCUCAUGGAUUCAUCAUCCAGCUAACAUUUAUUGAUUUUGACAUUGAAGAAGCUCCGGGCUGCAUUUAUGAUUCACUGACAUUAGACAAUGGAGAAAGCCCAAUGAACCUUUGUGGCAUCACUGCCAAAGGAUUAUCCUAUAACUCUACCGGAAAUGAAAUGAUUGUGUCAUUCAAAAGUGACUUCAGUAUCCAAAAGAAAGGUUUUAAUGCCACCUAUGUACGAAUUGCCGUGUCUCUGAGGAAUCAGAAGGUCAUCAUUCCCCAGGUUCCUGAUGUCGACACUGUGUCCUUGUCAGAGACUGUCUCAGUGCCAGAGCUCAGCCAGUUUACACUGUGCUUUGAAGCCACCAAGAGCAGCAGCGAUGACAACGAUGACUGGAAGGUAUUCUCCUACACCGAUUCUUUGUCAACAGAAUUCUUAAGCUUCGGGAAGACCGCAGAAGGGCAUUUUCUGUUCAUCUCAGACACACAGUGUAUCCUUGGGAAUGCAUUGCCCCGAAAUGCAGAGUUCUUCACGGACACCUUUCAACAGCUGUGUGUCAUAGCAGAUAGCUUUGCAGGCAGUAUAGGUAUCUAUGCCAAAAGCACCUAUCAUACAGUGUACUGUCCGGGUAUCUUUGGUAAAGCUGUCCCUGGAAACGGGAGGCUGGUGCUGGGUUCUAACAGCAAUGAAGUGAGCUCUCUAAAUGGGGACAUUUACAACUUCCGCCUCUGGAAUUUCACCAUGAAUGCGCAAACACUGGCCAACCUCAGCUGCGAUGUGAAAGGAAACAUUGUAGACUGGGAAAAUGAAUUCUGGAGUAUUCCAACUUCAGCACUGAAAGCAGAAAACAAUUUGAGUUGUGGCUCAUACCUAAUUCCCUCUUCUACAAUUGAACCAACCAGUUGUGCAAACCUGGGAAACCUUUGCCAAGCUACUGUAAAUGCUACUACUCCUACACCACCCACUGUCACCACUAACAUGCGCGAUACUAAUAGAACCGAUAAGCCAAACAAUGGUGGGCUGUUCUACAGGAUAAGUAUAACUGUCUUUAGUUCCAACUCCAACGCAGAAGUGAAAGUACAGGAUGUGGUUGCAGAAUGGCUAAACCGUACUUUCCAGAACUGGAAUUACACUGUGUAUGUGGUCAAUAUCAGCGUCCACCCUGGCUCCAUAAAAGAAAGAGCAAGAGAAAAAAGAAGUAUUAAAAGUUUUGGGGUUUUGGCUCUUCUGGUUUAUAAUGCUACCAAUAACAUCAAUUUGGAAGAGGAAGAAAUCCGACAGAAGCUCAUAAGUAAUAAUGGGACCAUGGAAGGAGGAUAUCGUCUUCAUAGUGUAGAUGUUGAUCCAGUGGAAAAAUGUUUAGCUGAAGAAAACCCUCCAAACUAUUUUUGGCCAGAUACCAGACCAACUGUGACCAACUUCACAUUAUGUUAUGGGAGCUCGGUUCAGACUGCAUCAAGAACCUGCUAUUUGGCUCUGCAUAAUUAUACAUCAUACUGGGGCCAGCCUGAUCUUAGAAAUUGCACAGAAAAUGCAGCUGAUAUAGCCAAUCAGCUUCUGAAUCUCACUGGUGAAGGGCAGCAGCUAACCUCAGACAAAGUAAAUGAUGUUGUGCAGAAGCUCAAAAAAAUUGUGAACGAUGAAGAAAUUGAUGAAUCUCUGGGUUCUACUGUGGUGACAAUUUUUUCCAAUAUUCUAACCAGUUCAGACAGUGUAUUGGCAGCAUCAUCUUCAGAAGCUCUAAAAACUAUCGAUACCUUGGCUUUAAAGAUCCAGUUCACCGGACCAUCCAUGAGUAUUUCCACACGAAACCUUGCACUUGGAGUGUCUUCUGUAAAUUCAACUUCAUUCAAAGGUGGUUCUUUCAGUGUCAGUCCACAGAAUAAUGCAUCUGAUUUCCAGAUAGAUUUUGACAAGGAUCAGACAAAUGCCUAUGCUUCUGUUGUUCUGCCACCAAGUUUACUGAAGAAUUUGAGUCAAGACGAGUUCGAAGUUAUAUCCAGGGCUCAAUUUACUUUCUUCAAUAAAAAUGGUCUUUUUCAGGAUCCAGAAAAUCCUGCGAAUUUGACCAGUUUUGUGGUGGCAUGCAGUAUCGGAAACACAACCAUUCAGGAUCUUCAGGAUUAUGUGAAGGUUACAAUUAGGCAUACCAAAAUUCAGGAAGAUCCUAAGCCUACCUGUGUCUUCUGGGAUAUGAACAAAAAUGGUGGCAAUGGUGGCUGGAACCCUAUGGGCUGCCAAGUGGAUGCAGAGUCCAAUGAAAAUGAGACGAUUUGCUUGUGCAACCACCUCACCCACUUCGGGGUCCUAAUGGACCUUCAGAGAACAGCUACACAAAUAGACCCACAGAACACCAGGGUCCUCACCUUUAUCACUUACAUUGGCUGUGGAAUAUCUGCUAUAUUUUCAGCUGCAACUCUUCUGACAUAUAUUGCAUUUGAGAAGUUGCGACGAGAUUAUCCAUCCAAAAUCCUGAUGAAUUUGAGCACAGCCCUGCUAUUCCUUAACCUGAUCUUCUUGCUUGAUGGUUGGAUUGCAUCGUUUGAUAUAGAUGGCCUCUGCAUAGCUGUAGCUGCACUUCUGCACUUUUUUCUUCUGGCCACUUUUACGUGGAUGGGACUAGAAGCUGUUCAUAUGUACAUUGCUCUAGUGAAAGUGUUCAACACCUAUAUACGGCGAUACAUACUGAAGUUUUGCAUCAUUGGCUGGGGUUUGCCAGCUCUGGUGAUAGCAAUUGUUUUAGCAAGUGCUAAUACAAAUGCAAUUAAUGUUUAUGGCAAAGAUUUAUAUGGCAAAGAUGCUAACGGGCAAGGAGGAGACGACUUCUGCUGGAUCAAGAAUGAUAUUGUCUUUUAUGUGACUUGUGCUGGCUACUUUGGAAUCAUGUUUCUGAUGAAUGUUGCCAUGUUUAUUGUGGUGAUGGUGCAGAUCUGUGGCAGGAAUGGGAAAAGAACUAAUCGGAGUCUGAAGGAAGAGAUCCUGAGGAACCUCCGUAGUGUGGUCAGCCUGACCUUCCUCCUGGGCAUGACGUGGGGCUUUGCCUUUUUUGCCUGGGGUCCCUUAACUCUUGCUUUCCUUUACCUCUUCUCAAUUUUCAAUUCAUUGCAAGGUUUAUUUAUAUUUGUAUUCCAUUGCGCUAUGAAAGAAAAUGUGCAGAAACAAUGGAGAAGACAUCUCUGUUGUGGCAGAUUCCGACUGGCAGACAAUUCAGAUUGGAGCAAAACAGCAACCAAUAUUAUAAAGAAGAGUUCUGAUAAUCUUGGAAAAUCCUUAUCCUCUAGUUCCAUUGGCUCCAAUUCAACCUACUUAACAUCCAAAUCAAAAUCUACAACAAAUACAUAUUGUAAACGAAACAGCCAUACAGAGAAUGUUUUUCUUGACAAGCCAUCUUCAAAAUUUGCCCAAGAAGAUGGAGAACAGACAUCAAUCAUCCCUGUCCACCAGGUUAUUGACAAAGUCAAGGGAUACUGCAAUCCUCACUCCGAAAAUUUCUAUAAAAAUAUCAUCAUGUCUGACACAUUUAGUCACAGCACAAAGUUCUAACUGGGCUUCUGAAUUUUUUGAACCAAAGGAUGACAGAAGUCUGCCUGGAACUGAGAAUACUGGAUAUCAUAGAAUGUGAUCUAUUUACUUUUUUGCCCAGUUUAUGAUGUUCUCCUGUUAACAGCUUCCACUCAAGGACCAAUUCUCUGUCUUUUUACUGUUGUGGAGAAAGACAAUUUUCCACCAUGGUAUUGAGCUGUUUUCAAAUGUGUGCCAGCCAACGUGAUGUCUGGACAGCUAAUUGUAAUCCUGUGUAAAUAUUUUUUAAGACUGAAGAGCCACAAGCCUAACUCUUAAAUUAUACAUUCCAAACAGAAGCAAGUCUUGACUCCUGGAGAAAAUAGCAGACAUCACCCAAUACAGGCAAGCUCUUAUUGAACAGUUUACUGAUGGUCUUUUUCUUUUGAAGAAUAUGGAUUUUCACUACGACACUUGUAGAUUCUUGCUUCUUGACUGUCUAGAGCUGUCCGUUCUUUAUUCAUAAGUGAAUAAAACCCUAAACCAAUGUUAAAGGGUUAUUUUAAACCAUUUUUUACUAAAUAGACCUAACCAUGCAAAUCUUGCUUACCAAAACACUAUGUGCUCUAAAUUCAGGCUAUUUUGUAUCCAAGUACAUAGAGAAACACUUAUUACAUAGAGGUGCUGGCUGAGAAGGGUGUGCAAGUUGCGAGUAACUGCAAAUUUCAUAUAUGGAAACGUACCAUCAUGCAUAUGAUUCACUCACAUUGGUGCAGAGCAAGUACACAGGUAGAUCCAAAGUUUACACAAAGUCAUUUGUCAGCAUUUAUUCAUAGGUAUGUGUGAAAUGUGGCAUCUCCCAUCACAACACUUGUUACACAAUGUCUAUGCCAACGUAUGUGAUCCUGUGUUUAAUGUUCUUUUUCACUAAAUAAAUUGAAAUACAUUCAACUAUAUAUAGAUAUAUAAAUAUAUAGGUAGAUCUCUCUCCACCCAUUUUAUAGUAAUGCACACAGUAAAAUAUUACAGAGGAAACCAUGUGUACCACAGAAAAUCCAAAAACAAUGAACCGUGCUAAAGAUUAAUUCUUUGUAAGCGCAUGGGUUCAUUUGUCAGGCUUUGUACUUCAGACAUACUGUGUGUAUGGACACCUCCGUCAGGUGGCAUUGCAACAUUAGGAUAACCUGGAGUACAUUUACCAGUAAUAAACAAACAAACAAACAAACAAAUAAAUAAAUUCUUCCCGGUCAUGUAACAUUAUCAGUAUCCCUCUCCUGCCCCCCAGUUCAGUGACUUGACUGAGGUUGUUGGAAGCACAGAGUUUAAACAGUGUUCAGGCAACAUUAGGGAAUUUUGCAUUGCUAUACUGUAUGCAUAGCAACUCUAAGGGGGCUGGGGGGAGGAGUGUCUGUGUGCAAAGAGACAAGAGCAUAAAAUGCUUACUUAUUUCAGUCUUUACAAAUGUGUGACAGGUUAGCAUGUGGCCAUGACUGCCAAAAGUGCAUGUCUCCCCACAAUGCACCUCUCACCUCAUGACAAGUUUUAUAAAAAUUGUAACUGUAUAUGUUGCUGAAGCAUGGACCAAAACAUCAAUAGUGUUUUCAAAUUAUGUUUCCACAGGAUAAUGUCUCCUAAUGGAAAUUUUGGUUUUGUUUUUUGUUUGGUUUUUUUGUUUGUUUGUUUUUGGUUUUUUGUUUUUUUGUUUUUUUUUUUUACCAAAAUAUUCUUAGCCAAAUUAAUUUUAUUCUGAAGAUGACCAGAAAGUCGCGCUGUGAGAUUUUCAGUUGCCAAGCAGGUGGAUGUUCAGUGAUUAGGGAUGUGGAUUUGUGCCUUUCUCUGCUCUUUGCACAUGCUUUUGCAUGCAGAGAACCUUUAAUGCUGUGACCGCACAAAUGGCAUAUUUUCCCUGGCUGGAAACACCAGGCGGGAGGAGGAUGGACUGACAGUAUUCUGUCCAGAAACACUGCCGUCGCUACACAUAACGAAACCUCGGUCUUGUAACUGCAAAGACUUACUUACAUGGUGGUAUGAAUAAAGUCAACUCGAUUCAUUUAAAAUGUAAUUGUUAACAGGGAUAAGUGUUAUCAGAUAUCUUUAAGAAGGGAAAUAAUUUAGGGAGAGAUUAUGUACAAGCAUUUACUGAACUUACAUUUUAUCAUCCCACUUGCUUAACUACUGUAGAUAAUAGUGUUCAUAUAGCAGCUUACUGUGAGAUUUCUACCUGAUUAAGAUGUUCAGAAGUGAAGAAAAACCAAACAUUCCUGAAAAAAUGAGGAAUCGAUAAAACAUAUUAGUAAAAUAUAAAUAAAAAGCAAACACAGUAUCCUGACUGAAGCUGAGCUGUAACCAAUCAGUUUAAUGGACAGCUACCUGAAUUUUUGCUGAAUUAAGAUUUUUUUUUCUCUUUUUUUACUACCAUGUAGUAAUCUUAAACUGUCUGUGUCAGUUAGAUGCUCUUGAAUGCUGUCAAUUCUACAAUGUAAAGCUUCUACUUUGUAGUUGACAUGCUGUAACCUCCCUUGUAUAUAUUUAUUUAUUUGUGAGGUUAAAUGUGUCAAGUAUAUUUAGCUAUAUAAUGACUGUUCUUAUUACUUUAAGCUUCCGCUUAAUCAGGGAAGAGGGAAAGAAUUGUUUCUUAUAUCUUUUUUUCCGAAGACCUUGUGAAACAAUUUACUGUAGUUCUAUCUUUUACAAGUAUGAGGAAAUAUGUCAGCGUAAUUUGUAAUGCUAGUCAGUGGAAUAUAGUAUAACAGGUUUGAAGAUGGACUAAAGUGGAAAGAAACAUUUUCAAGUAAACAGUCUUGAUGUUAGUGUUCCAAAUAAUUAAAGUCUUUUAAUAGUGAA